AUGACCGCUCUCGAGGCCGCCGAGGCCGCGACAGCCCCGUCCCCCACCACCUCAACCUCCUCCGCGCCCAUCCCAACCAGCAAAGACGCCCCCGCGGCCUCAGAAACACAAGUAAAGCCCAACCUCCCACCCCUCUCGCCCGCCGAGUUCCGCGCCUACAACCGGCUAGCCGAGCACAUGGACCUCUUCCACAACCACUUCCGGCAGACAUGGAACACACUCUACAACGCCGCAUCAACAGGACGGCGCCCGGCCGCCAUGUCCCUAAAAGCCUUCAUCAACGAGGGCCUAUCCUUCAUAUCGCACCUCGAGACGCACCACAGCAUCGAGGAGACGUACAUCUUCCCCGUGCUAGCGCGCAAGAUGCCGGAAUUCAAAGCCGGCAAAGGGAACGGCGCCGCCGAGCUGCUGCGCCAGCACCGCGAGAUCCAUAAGGGCAUGGACGAGCUGCAGGACUACCUGAUGAAGUGCCGCUCCGGCGAGCUGGACCUCGAGAUCGCGGCGCUGAAGGCCAGGUUGGAUACGUGGGGGACUGUGCUGUGGACCCAUCUCGAUCAGGAGGUCAAGACGCUGGGCGCGGAGAAUAUGCGCCAGUACUGGACCAUUGAGGAGAUUAACCGGAUACCCAUGUGA